UGUAGUUGACAUAAACACUCCGCUCAUUUUUUUUCCCUGAAGAAUUUUUUUUUCCCAAAAAGAGGACCAUCCGAUGACUGACUGCUCGAAGACUCCUUCCUCUUUUUUUUUUUUUUUCCCUUCCUCCUUCUUUUCCUUCCUCGUUGGUUAGGGAUGGAGGAAUCAUCUACCUGAAAUCUCCCAGCCUGCCCCUGGAAGUCUUGGUCCCUUUUCACUUUUCUUAAUAGGUUAAUAUUGGUGGUGGUGAUGUUUUAUCUUCUCCUCCAAGCCCACUUACUCUCUAUUCUGGGAUCAGGGAGGCUUUACUGAGAAUCCGGAAAAAAUGACUAUUGUCGUCAGUGUGAGAAGGCAAAGAAAAUCGUUUUUCAAACGGAUGUUGAGGUCGCCUUUUCGUUUGGGAUCCAAACAAGAUGCCCUGGAAAUAUGCAAUUACUAAGGGGUGUUACUGUUUGUGGGGGUCAUCCUAGGGCUCCUACCCUCAGCAACAGAAGGAUGUGAGAUUUCUGUUCACUGCAGAGGCAGCUGCAUUAGCUGCAAUUAGAACGUCUGGACGCUGUGGUUAGCACUGCUCGGGUGGUUCUGGAAUUAGCAAAUUGCUAUUCGGUGUGCUCUGAAAAGUUGCAGGAUUUUUACUCCAACACUCGUGUUCAGGGUGGGAAACCAAGUCGUUUCUUCCGGCGUGGGCCGUGUGGAGCAAGGGGAGAGGAGUGGAUAAGAGAGGGGAACGGAAGGACUAACUGACACAGCCAAACUAAUAGCGCAGCUAAAUGCGAUUUGGAAGGCGAGGUCUCCCCGAAUUAGUGCAUGAAUUUCCUAUCGAUCCGCCCGCGGUUCCAUUCAUCUCUGACAAGUCCCUCCUGCACCCGCCUGCUUGCUCCCGACGCCUCCUCUCUCACUCCCUACCCCUCCCCAGGCGACUGAGGAGAAAAGCCCGCUGCUCAGUGCCCUCUCGCCCCCCAUGUGGGUUCACCUCUCUAGGCGGAACCCCCAGUCUGCGCCUCACUUAACUCCCCACCCAGACUCCUGGGCUCCUUCCCGUCGUGAGGAGGGGGUGGGGGCCUCUGGGAAGAAGAGGAUGCGGGGCGGUGAGGCGGGACAGGAGGGGGCUGCACCGAGAGCCCCAAAUUCCGAGGGGAUCCAAGGAUUGUUCUCUGCCCAGCGCCCCAACAGGCCCUCCGGCGGCACCCUGCCCUCUUCCUCUCAUUCUCUCCCCCUCUUUUUCUCUCACUCUCUUUCUCCGAUCCCGGAGAGAGCUAGGCGAGGAGGCGGUCGCCCCGCAGGAGCCCUAUGUAAAUCCUGGUGUUGGGUGGGUGGGGAGGGGGAAAGAGAAGAAGGGGAAAUAAACCUCUUUGGCUGGAGUAGGGUCUGGGUGAGCAGAUUUCCUUAUCCGGGAAUCGCAGGCGGGGCGGCCAUUGGCUCCGAGGAUCACGUGGGCCCCUAACUUUGUUCACUUGACAGUAAGUAGGAGGGCUUUCGGAAACAGGAAAACGAGUCAGGGGUCGGAAUAAAUUUUAGUAUAUUUUGUGGGCAAUUCCCAGAAAUUAAUGGCUAUGAGUUCUUUUUUGAUCAACUCAAACUAUGUCGACCCCAAGUUCCCUCCGUGCGAGGAAUAUUCACAGAGCGAUUACCUACCCAGCGACCACUCGCCGGGGUACUACGCCGGCGGCCAGAGGCGAGAGAGCAGCUUCCAGCCCGAGGCGGGCUUCGGGCGGCGCGCGGCUUGCACCGUGCAGCGCUACGCGGCCUGCCGGGACCCCGGGCCCCCGCCGCCUCCGCCACCACCCCCGCCGCCCCCGCCACCGCCCGGGCUGUCCCCUCGGGCUCCUGCGCCGCCGCCCUCCGGGGCCCUCCUCCCGGAGCCCGGCCAGCGCUGCGAGGCGGUCAGCAGCAGCCCCCCGCCGCCUCCCUGCGCCCAGAACCCCCUGCACCCCAGCCCGUCCCACUCCGCGUGCAAAGAGCCCGUCGUCUACCCCUGGAUGCGCAAAGUUCACGUGAGCACGGUAAACCCCAAUUACGCCGGCGGGGAGCCCAAGCGCUCUCGGACAGCCUACACUCGCCAGCAGGUCUUGGAGCUGGAGAAGGAAUUUCACUACAAUCGCUACCUGACGCGGCGCCGGAGGGUGGAGAUCGCCCACGCGCUCUGCCUCUCCGAGCGCCAGAUCAAGAUCUGGUUCCAGAACCGGCGCAUGAAGUGGAAAAAAGACCACAAGUUGCCUAACACCAAGAUCCGCUCGGGUGGCACCGCAGGCACAGGCGGAGGGCCCCCUGGCCGGCCCAACGGAGGCCCCCCCACGCUCUAGUGGCCCCCAGCGCGGGAGCCAGGAACCUCGGGGCGGGUGUGGGUUGUGAGCGCGGGGAGGGGGGGCGGGGGGAGAAGCGGGAGGGGACCCUGGGGCCUGGGUCCGCCAAAACCUACCUGCCCCCCCCCCACUUUAUCUAUUUACAUGAAUAAACGCAGAGGAGGGGGAGGGGAAGCUUUAUUUAUAGAAAUGACAAUAGGGAGCCGGGUGAGGCCCCCCCAGAAGCAAGGUUCAAAUCUCUAGCUUUCUUCCUUAAAAGAAGAAGUAGAAGAAAAAGAAAAAAAAAGAAAGAAAAGGGAGAAAAAGAAGAAGAGAAAGAAGAAGACAGAAAGAGAAAUAGGAGGAGGUUGCACUCCUCGCUUUCAGCUUUGGCGAAGAUGGAUCCACGUUUCAUCUUUAAUCACGCCAGGCCCAGGCCCAUCUGUCUUGUUUACUCUGCCGAGGAGCGGACGGGCCUCUGUGGCGACCAUUACCUCGACACCCGGCUAACAAAUGAGGCCCGGCUCGGCCGCCGCCUCUGCUGCUGCCGCCGCUGGAAGACAGCCUGGAUUUUCUUUCUUUGUCCCUUAUUCCUGACACCCAGCGAAAGCACCCUGUGACUGCCAGAUAGCGCAGUGUUUUGGCCACGGUAACACAUACACACACACACACACACACACACACACACACACACACACAUACCCUCCUCCCCUCCCGGGCCCCUCCACAGGCACACUGACUUCUCACCCCCCUUGCACUGCUGGGCUGGGCUGGGGGGCGGGCAGCAGGAAGGGGACAAGUGGAGGCAGGGGUGGGCUUGGCAACAGCAGGAGCAGGCAGGGAAGUUGAGUCCGAGGAAAAAAAAAGAGAGAGAGAGACCCACUCGGGAGGGCCUUUCUUCUGCGAGGUCAAACCAUUCCUGGCAGAGCAAGGGGCCAGUUGAGUUCUGGGACCUGGGGGCAAGCCUCUUGCCAACGUAGAGUUGUACAGCCCCCGGCCUUCUCUCCUAGACUGCAAACGAAUGUGAAACUAGCAAGUCAAACGUGGUGCCCCUCCCGGUCUGGGAGAUGAUGUUGUGAAGACCUCUCCCAUAGUUUAUCAUUGUUUUACAUUAUUAUUAUUAUUAUUAAUUAUUAUUAUUAUUAUUAUUAUUAUUAUUUUAUGUCCAUGUGCGUCCUCUCUCCUGUUCUCUCUCUGACAUUCCAAACCAGGCCCCUUUCUAGUUCUGGGGCUGCCUGAGUCUAGAACCCUUCGUUGGCGUGAAAAUUUGUGUCCUGUACAGAGUGACAAUAGAAAUAAAUGUUUGGUUUCUUGUGACCAG